UGGUCGUGGCCGUGCAGAACAGUAGACAGCAGCCAAGAAGGAGCCGCAAAACAGUUAUUUUUUUUCUUCGUCUCGAUGUCCUAACAUUGACUUGAAAAAUUCGUGUAUCUACGAGAUCGACGAGUUACACAAUUACCGGACAUUGUACAUUGUGUGUUCGCGUUCACGGUGUUCACCUAACCUCGAUCGAACAUUCGUUUCAAGUUACGGACAAAUAUACCUCGAGCACAAACCACACCACGUUCUCUUUCUCUCUUUUUCCCUCUCCCUCUUCCUUUCUAAUACUUUUCUAUCUAUUCACUUUGUCUUUCUUUUUCUAUUCUAAUCCGAAGUGUAUACAGUAGUGCGUAAUACGCGGAAAAACGUAACUCGAGCAUCGUGGUGAACUGUCGAUAAGAGAGUCCGACUAAAUUUACUGAUAGUGUAUAAGUGGGUAACGAAAAUCUGAACAAGUAGAAAAAGCGGUCGUGGUGAGAUUUCUUAUUACGACCGACAAAAAGGGAGGCAAAAUUUCGAAGAUACACAGUCUAUGAGCGCCAAGGGCCAAGGGGACCCUGGAGAAGAUCACGCUUCCAGGGGAGGAGCAAAGAGCCCUUGCAGCGACAUGAAGCGUGCAGUUGCCAAAAAAUUAAUUGAGCGAUAUUUUUAUCAAUUAACUGAUGGAUGUGGUAAUCCUGACUGUGACAAUCAAAACUGUGCAUCAAGUGGCAAAGUAACAAAUCUUACUCCAAAUCAAGCUGCAGCACAGGCUAUUCAAUUAUUUUCCCAAGAAGCAAGACUUUGUGAUGGUACACAACCUAGUAAAGUUGCUCGAACAACAUUAGAACCUGGUCCAGCGUCUUUAGCUAAGAGUUUACCAGUUAAAAGUGUGAAUCCGACAUGUUCGGAUGAAGGAAAACAGGAUCCAUAUCUUACAGAAGCAAAACUACUGGAUAUAAUAGAAAAAUGUAAAUCAGAGGGCUCUUACUCAUUAUUAAUUCGUACAUUAGGAGAGGUAUUUUCAUGUGCAAAGGCAUUGAGUCUUAGUUUCCAAAAAACUGUAAAAAAUGACUCUCCCUUGGCUGCGCUUCUUGAUAGAGCUUCGGAUAGUCUAUUAAGGCCACCUGGUGAUAUGGAUAAGGAAGCAAUUCGAUCUAUUCAGGGAGAAGACAAAGAAGAAGACAGCAGUGAGCCAUCACCUACAGUUCCUAACAAUGAUGAUACCAGCGUUGAUUUACCAGCAGUACGGAGAGCUUUUACUGCUCUUUGGUCCUUACCAGGUGAAGGGUUCAAAUCUGCUUUGGUCAAUGCACUAGUCACUUUGGCAGAUAAUAUUGAAUUAGACUUGAGAGUAUUUCGUAUUAUGCCAUGGGAUAAUAUGGAUAGUUUGUUAAAUGUAUUCUUGAUUGUAUUUGAAAUUCCUAUGCUUGGAAACAGUGAAUAUCUGGAACUUGCUCUUCAUAUGCUUUGUAAAGCACUGAGUUGUUUCCCUAUUGUGGCACAAGCUAAACUAGCACGUGUAUGGGCUAAACAUUGUAAAUCUCGACUGCCAAGUAUUUUACAAGCUCUACAAGAAUUAAUAACUGUUAAGGUAAUAGGAGGUUCUUUUACGCGAGAUUAUUGCGUUCAAGAUGCAGAUACUAUUACUGCUCCUACAAAAGUUAUGAAAAUUUUAUACUAUGCAAGUAUGUUAGCUGGUGAAUUAGAUGAACCUGACUUAAAUAUAGACGAGGAUGCUGAAUCUACAAGUAAUGACAAAUCUGGAAGAUCUUCAUCACAAAUUCCCCAAGAUCUUUUAGCCAAGGAAUUAGGAAUUACUGCACUGGAUGCACGAAAACCAUUUAUACCUUUUACCGAUUUUUAUAAUGAACCACUUAGUGAUGCGAUAGAAAUGGACAAAGAUUUUGCAUAUUAUAAGUGUGAAGAACCUAUGAAAUUUAGUUUUAUGAAUUAUGCUUUUAUUCUCACUCCUGCUACAAAAACACUAGGCUUGUAUUAUGACAAUCGCAUCAGAAUGUACAGUGAACGUCGAAUGAGUUUCCUACAGACAUUCGUCGGACAACCUACUAAUCCCUAUUUAAGACUAAAGGUGAGGAGAGAUCGUUUAAUAGAUGAUGCAUUAGUCGAAUUGGAAAUGAUCGCGGUGGAAAAUCCAUCUGAUCUUAAGAAGCAAUUAGUCGUUGAAUUUGAAGGUGAACAAGGUGUUGACGAGGGUGGAGUCUCCAAAGAAUUCUUCCAAUUGAUUGUAGAAGAAAUUUUUAAUCCUGAUUAUGGCAUGUUCACAACUCAGGAAGAUACACAAAUGACUUGGUUUAAUCCAACAUCAUUUGAAAGUGACGCACAUUUCACGCUAAUAGGUGUUGUUCUUGGCCUAGCCAUAUACAAUAACGUAAUAUUAGAUGUUCGUUUCUCCAUGGUGGUUUAUCGAAAAUUACUUGGUAGAAAAGGAUGCUUUGCUGAUUUAGAAGAUUGGAGCCCGACAUUAUAUCGAACAUUGAAGGAAUUGAUGGAUUAUACUGGAGAUGAUAUGCCAGAAACAUUUAUGCAAACUUUUAGAGUGGCUUACAAAGACGUCUUUGGUUCGAUAUCUUUUCACGAUUUGAAACAGAAUGGUGAUGAGGUAUUUGUAACACAAAAAAACAAAAAAGAAUUUAUAGAUCUUUAUGCGGACUUUUUACUUAAUAAAUCGGUAGAAAGACAAUUUAAGGCAUUCAGGCGUGGAUUCCAAAUGGUCACAGAUGAAAGUCCACUUGCAUUACUUUUCAGACCCGAAGAAAUCGAACAACUUGUUUGUGGUAGCAAAGUUUUUGAUUUCGCGGAAUUGGAGGCCACUACAGAAUAUGAAGGUGGUUAUACUGUUAACAGUAAAGCGGUACGUAAUUUCUGGCGUGUUGCACAUUCAUUACCACCCGAAAGUCAACGAAGACUUUUGCAAUUUACAACUGGAAGUGACAGAGUGCCAGUUGGUGGUUUGUCAAGGUUGAAGAUGGUUAUUGCUAGACAUGGUCCAGAUUCUGAUAGAUUACCAAUAGCUCAUACAUGCUAUAACGUGUUACUGUUGCCAGAUUACAGUACAAUAGAGAAGUUACAAGAUCGUUUGUUGAAAGCAAUCAAUUAUUCAAAGGGUUUCGGCAUGUUAUAAAUGUGCAUAAAAGCUUUGAUAUCUCCCCCCAGUCUUUCAGAAUCCACUGAACUCCAAUUUGAAGUUCAAGAUUCUCUCCUUUUACCCUGCUAUGUGGAAAUAUUUAUUCGGAAUUUGUGCAAACGCAUGGAAAUGCUGGGAACCCCUGCUUUCGUAAGAUGAUCUAAAACAAAAAAAUCUAAAAUUGUCCCCUGAUACCGAGAAUACCUCGCAAUCGAUCGUUGUCCUCCAAUGUGUUUUUUUCCUCAUGCAAGCGGGAACUGGAAUUGCUGUACAAAAGUAAUACAAAAUUUUUACGAUAACGUGCUUUGCAACUUUCUUGCACCUCAUAUUAUUUAAGAUCGCCAAAAUUCACCAAAAACACUUUACGAGUCUUGUCGAGUUAUUUUGAUAACUUGCACUUUUCCGGCACUUCAUUAAAUCGAUAAAAACAGAAUAUUCAUAUCACUUAUAAAUCGGCUUUCACAGAACUACUGCGAUUUAUCUUGUUAAUUUUAUUUACAAAAGCAGAAAGAAAUGCAGCAUAGUGAAAUGCAUACAGCUUGGAAAUAAUAGUGAGAUGC